GAAAGGAGAGAGAGAGAGAGAGAGAACCAAAUUCUUCCAACCAACUGGGGAUAACCAGAACUAAGCUCAGAGAAGCAAAUAACCACUACUUUGAGUACACUCGCAAUAUUCUUCCGGGUAUUACACGCAGGCGCACACAAAAUCCGAAUCCAUAAAAUUCAGUGAGUAGCAUUCAACCACCACACACACGAAUUCGAAUCGGUACUCAGCACAAUUUGCAUAAAGCAGCAUCUUUUCAAUUUUCCGGCGAGUUCCGACCAGCUCUAGCCGGAAGAAGAGAGGUGGUGUUUCCACGAUAUUCGACUUUCUAUAUUCGUUGGGCGAGUUUCUUACAUAUGAACUUUGGGAUAAUCUUGCAAAAAUGAGCAAUGGUUCGAAUAAACAAGAAAAUUAUCAAGAAAAGCAAUUUUCGAGGGAUGACAUAAUAGGUAGCGAGUUAUGGACUGACGGGCUGAUAUUUGCUUUCGAAUUUAUAAGAGGGAGCAGAAAUUACUGGACACCGAUCGGUUGGAAUAGGAUUUCCGAACUCCUUCAUAAGGUGGAAGUUGACUGUGACUCUGUUUGGGGCUCUCAACAGCCUAUUGAAACAGACGACGACGAAAAUGAUGAUUUGACGGUUGCGGAUGUGGCGACUCCCUACUGGGAAUGCCCUGUGGGGCCCACUUGGUGGUGCCACGUAGACGCAAGUCACCCUUGUAUAGUAUCGUGGUUGAGCAAUGCACAGUGGUUACAUCCUGCAAUCGGUGUUGCGUUGAGAGAUGAAAGUAAGCUCAUAAGUGAACGUAUGAAGCACCUCCUUUAUGAGGUUCCUGUAAGAGUAGCUGGUGGACUACUGUUUGAGCUGUUAGGACAGUCGGUUGGCGACCCUUUUCUUGAAGAAGACGACAUCCCGGUUGUAAUAAGAUCUUGGCAAGCACAAAAUUUUCUGUUGACUGCAUUGCAUGUGAAAGGUUCUUCAUCAGACAUGAACGUGCUAGGUGUUUCCGAAGUUCAGGAACUGCUUGCAGCUGGAGGUAGUAAUGCACCGCGAACAAGUCACGAGGUGGUCGCUCUUCUUGCUUCUCGCCUUGCCCGCUGGGAUGACAGGUUGUUCCGUAAAUACAUUUUUGGAGCAGCAGAUGAAGUUGAGUUGAAGUUCAUGAACAGGAGAACUCAAGAGGAUAUGCACAUGUUCAGCAUAAUUCUGAACCAAGAAAUUAGAAGACUGUCGACACAGGUAAUAAGGGUAAAAUGGUCAUUACACGCCAGGGAGGAGAUUGUGUUUGAACUUGUCCAACAUGUAAGGGGAGAUGUAGCGAGGAGCCUUCUAGAAGGAAUACGAAAGAGCACAAGGCAAAUGAUACACGAGCAAGAAGCAGUUCGUGGUCGCUUGUUCACAAUACAGGACGCCAUGCAGAAUACUGUUCGUGCGUGGUUGCAGGACCAGAGCCUGAGAGUGCAGCAUAACUUGGGAGUAUUUGGAGGUUGCGGCCUCGUACUUUCGGUUAUUACCGGACUAUGGGGAAUAAAUGUCGAUGGAAUUCCCGGUUCUAAUAAUUCGCCUUACGCAUUUGCAAUUUUUUCGGGUGUACUCUUUUUAAUAGGUGCGGUUCUAAUAGUGAUUGGGUUGAUAUAUUUGGGACUGAAAAAGCCGUUGUUUGAAGAGAGAGCUGAGGUGAGAAAAUUAGAGCUUCAGCAACUUGUGAAGAUGUUUGAGAAGGAAGCCGAGACUCAUGCCCAACUCAGAACAGCAAAUCCCAAGUCUGAAAUCUCUUCGGCUGCUAAACGAAUAUUUGUCGAUGGCGAAAAUGUUGUUAUCAUCAAUUGAAUAAGCUACAUAUCACUCUCUGCAAUUUGAAAUUUUGUGCUUAUAAUUUUCUUAAACAUCUUUUUCAGGUGAAAUUGUUAGCCAUUGUGAUCUCAAUGUUGAAUUUUCCUCUUGUUUUUU